CAAUAGCUACGUUGAGAAGUUAAUUUGUCCAGCAGUUCCCAAAUGGAAUCAAACACAUCAAGCUUUCUUUUGAACUCUUCAACUUUGCACUCAGUUUUCUACCAAGACAAACAAGAUGAUGGCAUAAUUGAUCUGGGUCUUAGUCUCGGAACUGUUCAACAUGAAGCUUACCAUUCUUCUGCCAACUUGUAUGAUGAAGACCUUAUGGAUUGGCCUCACUCCAAUCUCAAUCUAAAGAAUUCGAGCACAAUGCAUUCUAGAUCUGCCCACCACCAAAAUUUUGAUGAAGAGAUAGAGGGGGUCCAGAGCAAUGAGAGGUGGGCUUAUGUGAAGGUUAACAUGGAUGGGGUUACCAUUGGUAGGAAAAUUUGUGUACUUGAUCAUGGUGGAUACUCAAGUCUGGCACUCCAAUUAGAAGACAUGUUUGGAAGCCAUUCUGUUUCUGGAUUACGAUUGUUCCAAUCGGGAUCAGAGUACUCAUUGUUCUACAAGGACAGACAAGAUAAUUGGAGGCCUGUCGGUGAUGUACCAUGGAAAGAGUUUAUAGAAUGUGUGAAGCGGUUGAGGAUUGCAAGAAAGAAUUCGGGCAUUGUUUCCUGUUCAUCAAGAUACACCUAAAUUCUCUGUCUCUUACUUUAGUAGAAAUUAAAUUAAUCAAAGUUGUUCUGAUGUCCUUCUGUCAAGGUGUUUGGCCAUGUAAUACUUGAUGGAUUUAGACUUUAGAGCAUGUAUGAUUUUCAGUUGUAAAAUUACAUUUGAAGU